AUGGAUCAGCUAGGAUUGAUGAUUCACAAGGCUUUCAUCACGAUUCUGUAUCUGUACUGGGAAUUUGAGCCUACACACGAGAAAGGGAAUGAGGUUUCACUGUUUGUUGACGAGCACAGGCGAAAACUGAACUCCAGGCCUUGGGUUGAAUAUAAGGGUACAGUUCCACAAAAUGAAUUGCAGAGUAAGCAAAGGGAUCUAGAGCUGGAGGCCAAUGCAUUAGUUUCCUUGGGAGAAAGAAUUUCUGUUGAUAUAUUACCAUAUGAUGAAGCUGCUAAGAUUUGCGGAGGGAGUCUUCCUGAUUAUAUUUCUAAGGUUUCUCAAAAUCGGUCGAAGAAGAGGCUAACAAAAGUCUCUUACAAAGUGGAAUCCUAG